AUGCAUUCGGAAGUAGAUGGCAUUCGCGGCUCUGUCGACAUUGAGGACAGCACUUCUCAUGCCUUCGUUGAUGUCCAAGACAUCUUCCUGCCAUUCCCGACCGAUGAUGACGAUAAUGUACUAGAAGAUGAGACUGAUAUUUUGCGAAUUCGAAGCAUCUUUGUUGGUGUCCUUCUCGGUGCAGUUGUCAAUGCCUCUAACGUCUAUCUUGGUCUAAAGACUGGUCUUACAUUCCCUGCCAGUCUCUUUGGUUCCAUCUUAGGAUUCGCAAUCAUCAAGACAGUUAGCAGGAUGGUGACGGAAAGCUUUCCCAUUCUCGGUGGCAAGUUCGGUCCCAAAGAGAACAACAUCAUCCAGACGAGUGCCACAGCUGCUGGUGGGCUGGGCACAGUCUUCACCAGUGCCAUUCCUGCUCUUUACCAGAUGGAGCUUCUGAGCAACCCGAAAGAGGACUAUGGAAAGAUCGCCUGCUUUACUUUGGGCACUGCCUACGUCGGGUACUUCUUCGCAACUCCUCUAAGAAACCUCUUCAUCGUUCAACUGGCAAGACAGCUACGACUCGUUUUCCCCACGUCUACGGCCACAGCCACUACGAUUCGUUCAAUUCACAUUGCCUCGACGGGUGCGAAUGAAGCCAUGAAGAAGGUCAAGUUCCUCUUCAUCGCUUUUGUGGCUGCUUUUGUCCUUCGAGUGGCUUCGUUCUUCGCAACCGGUCUGCUCUGGGAUUGGCACAUCUUUACCUGGUUCUUCAUCUGGGGCAAUUACAACAAUUCGGCCAUCUUUGUGGAGAACUGGGCAUGGUUCAUUGAGUGGACGCCUGCGGUGAUUGGUUCUGGUAUGAUGGUCGGCAUGAAUACAGCCAUGUCUAUGUUCGCCGGUACAGUUGUCAGCUGGGCCAUCAUUGGACCCGUUCUCGUCCGGACGGGCGCUGCCUCUGGCCUGUUGAUUAUGGGAGAGGGUGACACUGGGCCGUGGAAGGACUACACGACUUAUUUCAGCAUGAGUCUGCAGGAUCCAGUCCACAACCCAAGCCCUCGAUACUGGCUAUUGUGGCCGGGUGUUCUUCUCAUGAUUGUCGUAUCUAUCGCAGAGAUGCUAUGUCAGUAUCGCGUGUUGCAAUUUGCUGCACUUGCGACUGUCCAAGAGCUUACCAAGGCCAUCCUCGCCGGGCUCAAUUUGGUUGGGUUAAACUCCCAGUAUCUGGCUAAAUUUGUGGCACGCCAGGACCAGCACAAUAUGGAAGAGGAAGUUCCAGACCACCAUUGUAUCAAGACGUGGAUGUGGAGUUCGGGAUUGAUUCUGUCCAUUAUUGUGACGGCGAUUAGCUGUGGCCUGCAGUGGAGCGUACCUGUAUCCAUCACUGUCAUCUCCGUCGUUUUGGCCAUGAUCUUCACACAAGUUGCCAUUCUCAGCACUGGCAUGACGGACAUGACACCGCUUACAGCCGUGUCGAAGUCGUCGCAGCUAAUCCUCGGCGGCGUCACCCGAAACGACGGAUAUGCCCUUCACAAGUCCCAGCUUAUUAACUCCAUCGGCGGUUCCAUCGCCUGUGGUGUUGCUAGCCAGGCCACAGACCUAACGGCCGACUUCAGAGUCGGAUAUCUUCUGGGUACCCCUGCACGCGCUCAAUGGAUAGCACAGGGAAUCGCUACGCUAGCUGCCGUGUUCCUCUCUCCCGGUAUCUUCAUCGUCUUCGCCACAGCCUAUCCCUGUAUUCUAGAUCUCAGUGCCCAGAGUUGCGCCUUUGCAGCGCCAUCUGUCAGUGCCUGGCGUGCCGCGACCAUCGCUUCCACGAGCCCGAGCCUGCCCAUCCCCACGUCUUCAGGAAUAUUUGCCAUCUGCCUCUCCGUCUUUGGCGCCGCACUUGUCGUUUUGAAGCACUUCGUGCUGACGGGUGAUAGAGAGAAGUAUCGUGUUUAUGUACCCAACAUGAUGGGCUUUGGAAUCAUGAUGGUCGUCCCGGCGCCGUCGCUAGGCAUCGCUAUUGCAAUGGGGGCUUUCAUCGCUGCAACAUGGGAGAAGUUUUGGCCACAGACUCAUGAAGUGUUUUUGUUCCCCGUGGUUGCUGGCAUGAUUGCUGGCGAGGGAAUCGGAGGAGUCGCUAAUGCGAUCAUGUCGAUUGCCGGCGUCUCAGCUGGUACAAAUAUCGCGUGUCCUGCAGGUAGCUGCUGA